CCACCCCCUACCCCCUACUAGUGCCCGACCGCGCACAGGCACACAUCCCAGUUCAUCCUGCGCGUCGGAGCUGUGAGUAGGUUCCUGUAGUACGGCCCGCUGCCUUCGGAAGCUUGUAACACGAUGGCCGACAACGACACUGCUGUUGAGAAGAAGCGCGGACGUCCGAAGAAGGCCGAAGCCGGCGAGAAGAGACCAAAAGAGGACGCGUCUGCCGAUGCGCCGAAGGCAAAGCGUGGCAGGGGCCGCCCUAAGGGUAGCAGCAAAAAGGGCAAGAAGACUGCCACCAAGGCGGCCGCUGGCGCCAAGAAGGGCACCGGACGUGGUCGGCCCCGGAAGGCGGCGGCAGCAGAGGUCGACAAGGACACUGGCAGCGAUGAUGCUGGCGAGGGGUCCGACUGAGCGUCGUCCGCAUUCAUCUGUCAUGAUUUCGUAGGUCACUCAUUAAGGGCAGUGGGGUACUACGACAAGCAAGUUGCAUCGUAUGAAGACUCCAUCUCGCAUUUUUCAGGGUGUUUUCCCCCCCAUUUCUUUUUAAAAACUUUGUGUAGAUUUUUUUUUAUCCCCGCCAUUUUGUGUGCCCAGUGCUGCACUGAAACACGCUCGCCCAUUCAUACCCAAGAAAAACCACGUGCCCCCCUCCCCAGUGUCAUGUUCUCAUCGUUUUUAUGAAAAUAAAUUUCAGUUGAAUAAAAGCGCACGUCUUUUCAUGUA